GACGCACACAACACACACAUACAGAGUAGGUAGGGUUUUGGAGCUCAGAGAUCAGCCAUGGCGUUCUUGGGGCUCGUUUGUUUCAUUGGGUUUGAUGAGCUGAGCUUGGAGCUGGCUUCGUCACUCAUCCAGCUAGGGUUUCGAGGCCUUCUCUGAUUUAAUCUGGAUGGGACUUUUCUUCUACCUCUUUUCUUGAUUUGGUUUUAGAGUUUCAAUUUAUUGCAAUAUAUGGAGUUCAUUGCUUCAAGAAUCGAGUACCAAUAUUGGAACAUUGGAAUUUUCUUUUAAGUGUUUUUAGUUUGGGGUUCUUUCAAGAUUUGAUUAUAUUAGUUAAUUUGUUGUGAUUUUCUUUCUUGAAUUUAAGGCAUUAUGCCUUUCUUGAUGAAUUUUUGCGGUGGGUUUGAUUUGAUAGCUUGAAGAAUAUUGUGAGAGGUUCUAAACUUGUAUUUUUUUUUGUUUGAUUAUUUGCUUUUCUAUUGUUGAACCUAAGUUUCUGAUGAUGAUAAAGUGAAAAUUAGCUUCAGUUUAUUUCUUGAAACCAGAUAAUGUGAAUAUGUUGUGGUUGUGGGAGUCUAAUGUAAACUGGAAUAAUGAUAGAGUUUGGGCAAAUUUUCCUGAAAAUAUGAAUAUUACAUCAUUGGCCAUGACUCGACUUUAGCAUGCAAAUCUUGGAGUUGUUGCCUCCUCUAGGGAAACAGUGGGUUUGUAUAGAUUAUUUUAGUUAAAGAAUUUAAUAGAAUUGAUGGAAUUAAUAGAUAGCCAGAUGAUAAAUAAUUAGAUGUAUUGACUGACAGUCUCUGCUGCUACAAAUACCAAUUCGUAUUGUUACUAUUAUUAUUGUCGCUUACAUCCUUUUUGUUUAUCACCGCAUGCUUAACACAAUUUGUGAUCAAUUUAACAACAAAUAUUGGUAUUAUUGUUGUCGCUUACAUCAUUGGCCAUUAUUAUUCUACAAAGUGAUCAAUUUGAACAACAGGUCCCUAUGAUCUUCGCUUUAUAUUAUAUUAUAUAUAUAUAUAUUUUGGGUCUAGGUGCUAUAACACAAUUUGUGUUGGCAUACUUUGGUGGAAAUGCUAAUUUACCUGUAUGUAUCAAUGGUUUAGUUAAUAAUGCAUUAUCUAACUUUGUCUUGGAAGUACUUUCUUUUUCUUUUUUUGUAAAAAAAAAAUGUUUCUUUCUAAGAAACUGCUAUAUUGUUUUAUAGUAUUGCAUAGCAUGUGGUCAAUAUAAUUCAAUCAACAUUAACAAUGUCUCCAAGUCAUAUUGAUAAGCUGCAGAAGAGUCUCAUGGGCAAGCAAUCUGUUUCUUAGUGGUGUUGCUAUUGUAAUGAUAACCCUAGCAGAACAAAUUUUAUUUGUCAUUCACAAUUUUGUAUUCUACUUUUGGGGCCAUUUCUAAACUAAACAUGUGAUGCCUCCAUGGUUCUUAUCACUAAAUGGAAGGUGUAUUUAAAUAAUAUAUAUAUAUAUAUAUAUAUAUAUUUAUGAGAAGCACUAAACAACUAGUCUCAAUUAUCUAUAGAAUCAUUGAUUUAUGUUUGGUUCAUGUUAGAAAGCAUCAAGAUGGAUCCAAAUAUAUGUUUAGUUUAUAUUGAAAACUUUCAUUUUAUCAAAUCAAAUGGAAUGGUGCAUGUUUCAUGUCUCAUUUUAUGUUAUUUCUUCUUGCAAAAUUGAAUAUCAUUAAGGAAAAUUUUACUCAUGUUAAGUAAGUUUAUCUUACUGCAUGAAUAGUUCAUUCAAUGUUAACCACUUAGACUAGAGUGUGGAUUGACCCUAUAAUUAUGUUGAUUAUAUGAGCUUUGAAGGCACACAUGGUUCUAGACAAAGCCUAGAAAUUACUGCAAAUCUUUGCAAAUCUUCUACUUGACACAUGUGCUUACUAUAGUACAAACCAACAUCAGCCUAUGAGAAAGGUAUUAUAAACAUUCAUAUAGGAAGUACUGAUUUGAGCGGUGAUUGUACAUGCUAGAGAAUUAAUGGUUUGGCAUCUGCAAAGAUUUAUCCAAAUGUUAUAAGCUCAACAUAAUUAGUUUUUCUGAUUCAAAAUUCCUACAAAUAUUAUUGUCAACAUCCCUACCUAUUGUGAAAGUGAUUCAACAGUAAAAAUGCACCCGAUACUUAAUCAGUAAUGUUUGUUAUUUAUUUGAUAUUGUUUUGUAUUUAAGCCCACAAAAUAUUGACAUUAUGGUUUGAAUGUUUGAGCCAAUAAGAAAAACAGAAUAUAGUAUGUAUACAUUCAUAGUUAUAAUUUGACAUUCAGUUUGCCCUUUGAAGCAGCUCUUUUUAGUGCCCAUUGCUUUAUAAAUGGUUUUACAUUCAAUAGCUACCAUCACUGGCAGGUUAGUUUGAAGGAGCAACUCUCAUUGGUGCAUAGAUGUCCUUAAUGUGGUUCCUGGUUCCUUAAACAGGACUGUUAUUGUAAGCUACACUUUAUUGCUCACUCAAUUUUGCUACCAACUAGCAUCUCCACAUGGGUUGUUCAUAGAAAUUUUGUAUAUGUUGCAAUUAGCGUUGUUCCUUUUCUCAGGUUGUAGCAUUUGGAAACCACAGUGCCUUACAAUGGACCAAACCUCUUCUUUUUGAAAAUAAUUCUUAUACUAACUCAUCCUAAAGAGGUUUAAAACACAGUUUUUUUCUUAUGUAAAUUGUAUUUUUGGGACUUAGCAACAGCUAUCGGAGGAAAGCUACAUCCUUUGGAGGGCAAAAAAUUUGAUGAAUGGCAAGCUUUUGUGUGGUUUUAUAAUUUUCCCUAAUAGCCUAGUUUCUUCUAGUGUUGCUGCCUGGUGCAUUUCAUUUGAGGUGGAUAUUACUAGGCAAGCUAUAAUGGACCCUUUGUUUUUUUUGGGAAACCAGCUACAAUGUUGACAAUAUGUUGUAAAGGCAACAUUAAUGUUGUCUUUUUUUUCUUAGAAAUUACAAGGUAGUAUUUUACAUUUUUUUUUUCAAACUUGAAGUGUACAAAAUUACAAAUCUAUUUCCUUCUUGCUUUUCAGUAAAAUUAAAAUAGUAAAUGAGCUUGUUGAGGGUGUUCAACUUGUUGCUUCAGUGGAAGCAAUUUAUCUUGCUAUUCCAGCUGACGUUUAUCCUAUAACUCAAUGACAUAAUCUCCAAUAUUGAUGUAAGUUCUAGUGAUUCUCUUUCAAUGUUUUUUGUGUGCAAUAUUUGGUUGCUUUUUAAUUAGUGAACUUAAAAUGAUUUCCUAACUAUUAUAAGAAAUUCCUUUCUCUUUUAUAAGUGUGGGGAACUUUUGAUGAUUUCUUUAUUUUAGUUUUAAAAAUAAUAAUAAAAAAAAAUCACCUGCCGGGCUGCCUAAGGGAAUGAUUUUGAGUGACAGGGGAGUUGUUAAUAUUAGGGGCCAUCCAAACCACUUGCAGAUAGAGGUUCUUAUCUGAAAAGGAAAUGCGGGAGACGCUCCUCCAAAGAUGAUUCACCAUGGCAUUUGUUCCCAAGAUUUUAUCUUCGGGUUCUGGUCAAAAACCUUCCAAAUCACUGACAUUUGAAAACAUGCCAUGUUCUUCAAAUCUCUAUUUCAGGAUCUGUUCUUUUUCCCAUCUAUCUUAAAGAAGAUGUGUUGCACCUUAAAAGCUCUUUGAUUUUCAUAACCUAUGCUGCUUCAUUAUUUUUAUAUGUUUGCAAUCUAAAAUGAUCUCCCAUGUAACCUUUAGCUUUUAAACUAAUAACAAUAAAUGACCUUAAUUAUAAUGUUGUUGAAGCUGAUCUUUAUCUUGCCUAGCUUGUUUUUCUUCAUUUGUGGCUUUUAAUUAUUACAUGAUGCAAUCCAGCACCUCCCUUUUUUUUUUUUCUGAAAACUACUGAAAUGCCUAAUUACUAUUUUAUGGUGAAAUUUCCAUUAGAACAUUCAUGAAGCUUAUAAGAUAAGCAAAAUUAUGCAUGCUCCAACACUAAAGGUAGUAGGGGCUGUGGGGCUGUAGGGCCUAUGAAAAAGGUUAUUCUUCUUUAUUAUGGCAUCCGACAAAGCUAAAAUUCUGCACUUUUCUUAAAGAAAAGAUAAUGAAAAUGUGAUGGUAAUCACUUUUCAAUUAUCCAAAUCUCAUUUUUUUCUCUCCACCUUUCAUACUGGACAACAACAUUAAAAUUCUCAGUUGUGUGAUACUGAACUCUUCAGUUUAAUCAUUUCUUUCUUUUGUCAAUAGCGGUUCAAAAUUAUACCAAAGUGUAUUAUAAAAAGAUUAAUUACCAAAUUUCAAAGUUGUGCUCUGGCGCUAAAGUUAGCAGGGCCUAUCAAAACAGAAAAGUUGUUCUUAUCUAUUAUGGCAUCCAGGAAAGCUAAAAUUCCAUGAUUUCUUGAAGUAAUGAAAAUGGAAUUGUGAUGGUAGUUAAUUUCAGCAAUCCAAGACUCUUUUCUUAUUUUUCCCACAGUUAAUACUGGACAACAACAUUCUAAAUCUCAGUUGACUUCAUGAAGCCGUUUUUGGGGCUGAAAAUCAGCUGAUAUGGUUAUAUAAGCUUCUGAGGCAAAAUCUGGUAGAGGGUUAGAAUCAUUACACACUAGUCACUUGUGUGUUUUCUCUGAAGUGGAAUCCGGUUUGAACCUAUUUUCUUGGCUGAAAAUCAGAUGAUCUGGUUAUAUGAGCUUCUGAGGCAAAAUCUGGGCUGAGAUUAGAUGUGAUGCUGAUAUAUAUGAGCUUUCAAGGCAAAAUCUUGUAGAUGCUAAUUGAAGUUGUACGAGCUCGUUAAUAUAUAGAAUGGAGAUCGUAAGAGAGCUGUUAUCAGGUGCUUGCCAGACUGCAUGGCAACAAAUUUGCCAACUAUUGAACUAUAUCAGAGAACAUGAUGAAAAUGAUCAAACUAUGCAGAGAGAGUUAGACUUUUUGAGGAGCCAAGAAAAAGACAUUAGUGCCAAACUGAAUGCAGGCAAUGUGCGGCAUGGGAAGAGACCAAGAGAGGAGGUAACAAAUUGGUUGAAGAACUUGGAGGAGAUAGAAAGUGAUGUGAACAGCUUAGGCUAUGGUGAUGCACAAUUUUGGCUGAAAUACUUCUCCCGUUUGAAGAGAAGCAAGAAGACAGUGCAAAUACUCCACAGAGUUAGAGAUCUGCAGGCGAGAGGAAAUUCAUUUGCUCAAAGUGAAGAUAUAUUUAUGGAUUCACUACAUGAACCUCUGUCCAGUUUGUCUGCGCCACCCUUACAUGGCAGUUCAGCUGAAAGGAAAAAAGAUGAGAUUUUGCAAUGCAUCAUGGAUCCUGAGGUUAGUAAAAUUGGUGUGUAUGGUAUGGGCGGUGUCGGCAAGACAACAAUUAUGACACAGAUUUACAAGGAAUUAAAUGAAAAGAAAGUUUUUGAAAUCGUCAUGUGGGUGACUGUUUCUAGUUCUUUCAAUGAGGAGGAGCUACAAAAUAAAAUUGCAGUAAGGUUACAUUGUGAACUCUCUUCAUCAGGAGAUUUAAUGAGUAAAGCACAAAAAUUACAUGAAGCUCUUGGAAGGAGGAGGAACUUUGUAAUCAUCUUGGAUGAUAUUUGGGAUGGUGUUUCUCUACAAAAUGUGGGCAUUCCUGAGCCUAAUAGAAGUAAUGGGUCCAAAGUAGUGUGGACCACUCGUUUCAUGGACGUUUGUAAUAGCAUGGAGAGCCAAAAAGAAAUUAAAAUAGAGGGUCUUACCGAUGAAGAAGCUUGGAGUUUGUUCAAGGAAAAAGUCGGCGGUGAAGAUAUUAUUUCACCUGAAAUAAAGCCAAUUGCAGAGCAGGUUGCUAGGGAAUGUGGAGGGCUGCCACUGGCCCUGAUCACUGUCGGAUGUGCUCUGAGGAAAGAAAAACAACUGCCAGUUUGGAGGAAUGCAUUGCACCAACUGAAGACAUCAAGCACUGAUCAGAUUAAAGGCAUGACCAAAUAUGUUUUUGGGAGUCUUAAAUUCAGUUACAACUGGUUGAGCAGUGACAAGAUUCGCACAUGUUUCUUGUAUUGUGCUCUAUAUCCAGAGGAUUAUGAAAUAUUAGUUGAUGAGCUGAUUGAAUACUGGAUGGCUGAAGGAUUGAUUGAUGAAGAGGGGUGUAUACAGACUGAAAAAGACAAAGGGCAUGCUUAUCUCAAGGAACUCAAAGAUGCAUGCAUGAUAGAGAAUGUCGGGGAUGAUGAUGAGUAUGUGAAAAUGCAUGACUUGAUCCGAGAUCUAGCAAUUAACAUCACCAAGGAAAUUUUCAUGGUAAAAACUGGAUCACAGCUGAAGGAGUCACCUAAGGAGGAAGAAUGGGUUGAAAGUCUACAAAGAGUCUCAUUGAUGAGGAAUUAUAUUGAAGCAUUUAAAGGUUAACCAAAUUGUCCCCGGCUAUCUACUUUGUUGCUAAAUCAUGCGUGUCAUCUUCAAAUUAAUGGACAAAUCGUCUUCCCUGACACAUUCUUCAAGCAUAUGCACAACCUUCGAGUCCUUGACCUCUCUGAGAC